GCGACCGUCUAAGCAACGCGACGACGGGGAAUCAAAACAAACGUGGAGGUUUCCCAGGGGUUUGUUUCAUUACUGGGGAUUAAAAAAAAGACGUGAAAACCUGUUCAACUCACUUUAAAGAUUUAUUUUGGUCUCUGUCUCCUGAAGUUUUGAGUCUAGAGGAGAAAUCAUAAACACCAGAAGAUCUGGGAAGUGUCUCGAGCUGCCUUUGAAAGCUGCUGUACAGGAGUAUGGUGGGCGUUUGUGUGUGGCUGCUGCUCCUGUCCGUGUCUCUGAAGGUGUGGUCAGUGCCGAUCGAGCGCAGCGCUCCAGCACAGGAUGAGAAAGCCGAGGAAAAUGCGGACACAGGGCUGUAUUAUGAUCGUUACCUGAGGGAGGUGAUCGAGGUUCUGGAGACGGAUCCUCACUUUAGAGAGAAACUGCAGAGCGCAAACACCGAGGAUAUUAAAAAUGGACGACUCAGCAAGGAACUGGAUUUGGUGGGUCAUCAUGUCCGAACCCGUCUGGAUGAGCUGAAGAGGCAGGAAGUGUCUCGCCUCAGGAUGCUGCUCAAGGCCAAGAUGGACAGCACCAACAUGCAGAGUGUUCAGAUGGAUCACGUGUCCUUACUGAAGCAGUUUGAACAUCUGGAUCCUCAUAACCAGAACACGUUCGAGGCCAAAGACCUGGAGCUGCUCAUCUCCACGGCCACUAAAGACCUGGAGAAUUACGAUGCAGAGCGUCACGAGGAGUUCAAACGCUACGAGAUGCUGAAGGAGCACGAGAGGAGGGAGUACCUGAAGAGUCUGGACCAGGAGAAGAGGGAAAGAGAGGAGAAGAGGAUGGAGGAGAUGAAGGAGAAACACCGCCAGCAUCCCAAAGUCAAUGCACCGGGGAGUGUAGACCAGCUGAGGGAGGUGUGGGAGGAGACGGACGGGUUGGACCCACAGGAGUUCAACCCCAAGACCUUCUUCAAACUCCACGACACUAACGAGGACGGCGUGCUGGACGAGCAGGAGCUGGAAGCUCUCUUCACAAAAGAGUUGGAGAAGGUGUACGACCCGAAGAACGAGGAGGACGACAUGAUGGAGAUGGAGGAGGAGAGGCUGCGGAUGAGAGAACACGUCAUGAAAAACGUGGACCUGAAUCACGACCGCCUGGUCAGCAUGGACGAGUUUCUCAGAUCCACAGAGAAGAAGGAGUUCAGCAGCCCAAAUGAGUGGGAGACGCUGGAUGAUAAGACGCCGGUGUACUCGGAGGAGGAGCUUCAGCGCUUUGAGGCGGAGCUUCGAGACAAGCAGGUGGAGCUCAGCAGAAGGGCGGAGACUCUGAGACAAGAACAGGAGAUUCUGAACGAGAGAGGCAAAGCGCUGGAGGCCCAAAAGAAAGAGUACCAACAGGCAGUGAAGGAGAUGUCCCAGAGACAGAAAGACCAGCAGGAGGUUGACCAACCACCUCCUUCAGGACCUAACGGAGAACUGCGCUUUCAGCCGGACCUUCCGAACCUGGCUCAAGAACAUGAUCAAGUUGGAAAGGUGCCUGUCGAUCAGAACGGAGACGUCCAGAACGGUCCACCUGCUGAGCCGCCACAGAACCUUCCUCAACACACACCAUAACUCCUCUCAAUUAAAACACACACACACACACACACACACACACACACACACACACACACACUUUGGGUGAGGGCAGAGAUAGAAGCAGCCACCGAGCUGAAAUUGCAGCUGAAGCGCCGAUAGAAUUUUGCAAAAAAGUUGCGGCAGAUGUUUGUGUGGUUUGGAGUGAAUGACUUCCUGGACGUUCUUGCAGGGGAGAGUCCAUCUGAACACUGCCCAGGGUGAUUAUGGGAUACAUGAACCUUUAUACACUGGUAUGAGUUGGUAUGGGUUUUAAUCGGGGGCUCAGGAGCAGCACUUUGGUGUGGCUGGGAUUUGAACUUGACGACCUUCAGAUUCAAAGUCCAAUAUCUUAACCAAUGAGCUCAACGUGCUCAUGGGGGAACUCGAUAAAAUGAAUACAAUCCUGUUGAGCAUGUCCCUGAGCACGUCACUGAUUAGGGCUUGAAGGACUCAGAGGGCACUAAUGAGGCCACCUGGUACUCAUAAUACCCAGCCUUCCACUCAUCUUCUUGUCCAAUGCGCAAAGGUGGUAAACACUGCGCAAGUCCAAUUUGGUGGAAAUGGACACUCCUUCUAGCAGAUCAAAGGCAGAAGCCAUAAGAGGCAGAGAAACCAGGCAGAAGAACAACCCAUACUCUGUCAAGGGUAGUGGAAGGACGGAUGAAUUCUGCCUCAAGAUUUAGAUCCAUUGUCCAGUCAGGAUUGGAGAAGGUAAAUAUCCUCUCCCUGGAAGGUGUCAGGAAGCAGGUCAAUACCACAGUAGUGAGGGUGUUUGCUUCUCUACUCUAACGGAACAUCUGGAGCAGCACUGCAGGAGCGAGGGGGAAGAGGCAGGUAGGUUUCUACUUAUGAAUGGUCUUCAUGGACCAAUUAAUGAGUGGUGCCUGAGGAUGAAUGGACAUUGUGCAGACUGGAGGGUGAUGAAUAACUUGCCCUCUGCCUAGACAUUUUCCAUCCAGAACAGUUCUGUUCAGGAAAAUGGAGACGUGAUGUUUGCAUCUCCAUACCAGGAAGAUCGUCCAUGGGAGAGGCGCUAGGGCAAGAGGCAGGUGGUGUGACAGACAGGACUCUACUUUGAUGGUUGAGCCAGGGGUGCUUAAGGAUGUCUGAAAAUUGUGGAGCUGGAGCUCCUCUCUGCUCGAAGGUGUUGAGGUGCAGGGGAAUAUUAGGAACGAGUUGUUUUCUCUUGGUUCAGGGCUUUUCUAUCCAAAACUAUUAUGGUCUGGGUUUUGACAGUGGUUCUGCAGGAACCUAAAUAUUAUGGGGUAAAGAAAUAUAACAGCGACCUCUGGUGGGGAAACUGAAGAAACACCGAAACUAAAGAAGGGAAGAAUCCCAACAGACGACUUCUAAACUUCUCAACAGAUUGCCUUCACACACACACACACACACACACACACACACACACACACACAGAGGAAUACAGUGAACAGAGAUUGGAGUCAAAAAGUAUUUCUUUGGCAGAACCACUAAAUAUGAGCAGGUGUCACUUUUUAAUGGUUUUGAACUCACUAUGAUCUUUAAUGACGUCACUCGGCAUCGUACGUCCGUUAAAGUGUUAUUAAACUCCUCCCUGAACAAUUUACAUAUUAAUAUAUUAAUCUGUAUUAUUACAUGAAAUAAACUCUAGGAAAAAUACAUUAAAAUUUAAAAAGAUGAGCCCAAGAAAUAUUCUCUAUUCAAAAAUCUGAAUUGAUUUGAAUCGUAUUUAAUGUGUUUCAGGGCGGAGUUUAACUCGAAUUAGAGUGUGUUUACAUUUUAUUAGAACAUUUUUAGAUUCUUUUGCAAUGCUGCAACGUGCUUCAUUUUGCUUUAAGCUGUUUUCGUUCAUACACAUUGUUUGAUUUAUGACCGGUAAUGCUGGAAUACACACACACACACACACACACACACACACAUACGCAGACAGAUAAAAUUUCAGAAAAAGAUUUUAUUUAAUUUGGAAUAAAGAUGAUUUCAGAUUCUACACUGAAA